AUGCAGAGAGAUUCUGGCUCAUGGUACGCCGAUGACACGACUUGGAAUUGGUACUAUUUCGACAUAUGGAUGGGGGAACUUACGCAAUAUCAAAUCCCACAAGACUACGAAGAAGAAGCACAUGACCCUCAACUUUGCGGCCGGUUUCGAUACUGUCAUGCUUUGCUAGAUCGCCAUAACGAUCCUGAUCGUAGUAAAAUCUAUAAUACGUUUCACCAAAACCUAUUCGACGAAUCCAUUAAAUUCUCCCCGUGGGAGUGUGAAAUCUCCGAAGAAUUCAAGGUCAACCGUCGUUCUGAAAUCUUGAACUAUAUCGACUCCACAUAUAGAGCUGAACGCAACAAGAACAUAGAUAAAUUCUUGAUCAUUGUGAAAUUCGGGGUGUUUAAGAUAAACUACCAUACUUAUCAUGAUUAUUCCAGCGAUGAUUAUGACGGUGAUACCGAGGAGGAAAUCGGGUUUGUUCCGGCUAGUAAGUCGAGCAUUGAAGCGUUGGAGAAAGUUUUAGAUUUGGAGUCUGAGUUUGAGUGUGCGAUUUGCCUCGAUGAGGGGAUGAACGAAGCUAAACGCAUGCCUUGUGGGCAUGCAUUUCAUGACCGAUGUAUUGAAAAGUGGCUAGAAAAGAGUCGCAUGUGUCCGGUGUGUCGCUAUACCAUGCCUUGUGAUUCAUGA